AAAAAGAAAAAAGGAUUUCAACAUUUCAUUCAUAAUCAAAGUGAGUGAUGCGGCGGAAUUUUUCUCCAUCUGCGUUCUUGCAUUACUCGCAACAGCACGUAUUUAACUCUCAUUUCCUUCACUUCUCAGUUCUCUCGAUAAUUUUUCCACAUUUGAUUCAGAGAAAACCAAUUUGCUUAGGGAAUUAGGGUUUAUGUGAGAGAGAAGGUAUUUUCUCCAUUGGAAUUUUGGAACGAUGAGAGCCAGAUUGGUAGUGUUUCCAAUCCGAGGAAGAAAUUGGUGUUUCAGCAGAUCCAUCGACCCUGCCGCUUCGGAUUCUGCUUCUGCUCAGACUCCUUCCACUUUCAAAGAUCUUUGGACCAAAAUUUCUUCAUCUUCUUCCUCCAAAUCCGACGCUGUUUCCAGCAAUGCGGAGAUUGUGACCGAUUUCAUCUCUUUUAAGAUGAAUAAAGCUUGGACUGCUCUUGAGAAGGCUCCUCAUGGAUCGUUUAAAAAUAAGCUUCACGGGAUCGGAUUGAAGCUUUUGUCUCGAGUUAAGCCGUCUGAGAUAUUCUUGAAGUCUAUAACUAAAGAUGUUACGAGCGUCGAAAUAACAUAUCCGUCGAGUUUGAAUCCACGGCUCGUUCGCAGGAGGUUACGACAUAUUGCCCUCAGGGGAGCUGCCAUCCACAGGAAAUACUUCUAUGGUUCAGUCUCGAUGCUUCCAUUAACAAGUGCAUUUACUGUAUGUUUGUGUUUAUUUUGGUUUUACCUCUGCCAAACAUUCCUUUCUUUUGGGUUUUGUUUCGCACGUAUUCUCAUUGGCGAGCUCUGCAGGGAAGUGAAAAGCUCCUUCAGUUGGUCUCGGAUAGAUCUUACCCAUGUGACUCAUCCUCUGAUGAUAAGAAAACCGAGCACAAAGUCCAACAAUAUCCAGGUUCAGCACUGGACAUGGAGCCAUCUAAGGAACUCGACAAAUUUUUGAGCCAAAUGGAGGCAUCUGGUGAUAUAACUGCAAUUAAAGAUAUCUGCAAGAUGUUUGAUUUGAACAUGACUAAUGUUUUGAAGUACAAAGAUACAUUGUGAUCAGUGUUCCCAUCUUCAGACGGUGGGAAAGAAGGUGCAACAUUCAAUCAAAGGAGAGAUGUGCUCAUUGAUAUUCAUGGGGUGAAAGAAGAUCGACCAAAAUCGUGGAAGAUGAAACAUGAGGCCGGUGGUUUGUUAUGCUUCUUCUCAGUUUUUACAUUGUUCUACCAUUAUAAAAGGAAGUGCAUAGCUUGAUUCCCCCGUUGGGCGGGGUGGCUUUUUAAUGUGUUGGCUAAUGUGAACUUAUCCAUUCCCACGGACAAGAAUCGGAACCGUAGAAUGCAACUGAAAUGUCGUUGGCACCAGAUCCCAUACUGGUCAGUAACUUAACUAGCUUUCUUUGCUCGUAGAAACGAAGUCUUCUGUUUUAUUUUUUGUUUUCGUGUUUGUAAUUUAAUAGCUUAUCCUUGCAUAUCUUAUUUUUGCAAUAAACUAUUUGAUCUAACAUUGAAUGUUUAGGGAAAAUAAUGUAUUUAAGGUUCUUUUGAGCCUACUUGUCUUCUGGUUUCCUUUU